UAGAGUUUUACUUCCGGUGUAAUAUUUCGUUCUUCCGCCGCUUUUGGUCAGGCUCUUUCUUUUUCUAUAGUUCGCCAUCAUGGGUCGUAUGCAUGCUCCUGGCAAGGGCUUGUCCCAGUCAGCAUUACCGUAUAGACGCAGUGUGCCCACAUGGUUAAAACUAACUUCUGAAGAUGUAAAAGAACAAAUAUACAAGUUGGCAAAGAAAGGUCUGACUCCGUCCCAGAUUGGUGUAAUUCUAAGGGACUCCCAUGGUGUUGCUCAAGUACGGUUUGUCACUGGCAACAAAAUAUUGAGAAUCUUGAAAUCCAAGGGACUGGCUCCAGAUCUUCCAGAGGAUCUUUAUCAUCUAAUCAAGAAGGCUGUUGCUGUUCGCAAACAUCUGGAAAGGAACAGAAAGGUAUAAUGCAU